AUGUCGUCCCAGAACCUGCUUCCCAGGCCGCCGUACGACCCUCAGCUGGUCGCGGCGUUCAGCCGGAUGCUGCCAUACCCCCAAACGGCCGAAGACAUCGUCAAGGGCCGCCAACUGCGCGCCGCCGCCAUGGCCCCCUUGCAAGCAGCCGUACGCAACGACGAGCACCUGUCGGUGGAAGACCGGACGAUCCCCGGCCCGGGGGGCCAGAUCCCCCUCGUCAUCCUCCGGUCCAGGAACUCCCAAGCGGCCACCGACGGCGGGCGGCCGGGCAUCCUCUACUUCCACGCCGGCGGCAUGGUGCUCGGCGACGCCUUCUUGGCGAUCGAGCCCUUCGCCCGCAUCGCCAAGGACCUCGACGCCGUCGUCGUCAGCGUCGAGUACCGCCUCGCGCCGGAGCACCCGGCGCCCGCGCCCCAGGACGACUGCUACGCCGCCCUGCUCUGGACCGCCGAGCACGCGCGGGACCUCGGCAUCGACCCGGCCCGCCUCAUGGUCGCCGGCGUCUCGGCCGGCGGCGGCCUCGCCGCCGGCGCCGCCCUCAGGGCGCGGGACACGGGCGGGCCGGCGCUCUGCGCGCAGCUGCUGGUGUACCCGAUGCUCGACGACCGCGACGCGGGCGUGUCCAAGAGGCAGUUCCGCCACGACACGCCCUACGACGCCACGGACAACAACGGCGCGUGGAAGUGCGUGCUGGGCGACCGGGCGGGCGUCGAGGACGCGGCCGCCGUCAGCUCUUACGUCGCGCCGGCGAGGGCGACCGACCUGUCCGGGCUGCCGCCGGCCUACAUCGACGUCGGCACGGCCGAGCCGUUCCGCGACGAGAACGUGGCGUACGCGACGAGGCUGUGGGACUGCGGCGUGCAGGCCGACCUGCACGUCUGGAGCGGCGGCUUCCACGGCUUCGACCUGCUGGGCCUGGCCGUCGGGUCCGAAGUCGCCCAGGCUGCGCUCGAGACGAGGUUGGGAUGGGUCAGGAGAGUCUUUGGGCUGGCCGAGAAGGCUGCUUAG